GGGCGGCUAACUUCCCGGGAGAAGGGGCUCUUUCCGCGCCCGGACUGGAUAGGGAGCUACUGCUGCUGCUGCCGCCGCUGCCGCCGCUGCCUCCGCCGAGGGCUCCGACUCCGGGAAGCUGCAGGCUCCGCUCGCAGCGCUCGGAAAGUUGGGUCGGACCUGAACCCCUAACAGCGGAACCGCCAUCCGCCCUUGCGACCGCUGGAGCUGACUAGUCGGCGGCGGUGGCGGCAGACGGACCGGGAGUUUCUUCUCCCACUGGAUGGAGCUGAACUUUGGGCGGCCAGAAGAGCGCGGUCGUCCGAGGAUCGCUGCAUGCUGAGCUCCCUCGGCGAGACCCAGCGGCGGUUCGGGAUUUUUGGGGGGGCGGGGACCAGCUUCGAGCCGGCACAAUGUUCCUGGCGACCCUCUACUUCGCGCUGCCGCUUCUGGAUUUGCUUCUGUCAGCGGAGGUGAGCGGCGUGGACCGCCUGGACUGCGUGAAAGCCAGCGAUCAGUGCCUGAAAGAACAGAGUUGCAGCACUAAAUACCGCACGCUGAGGCAGUGCGUGGCGGGCAAGGAGACUAACUUCAGUCUGGCAUCCGGCCUGGAGGCAAAGGAUGAGUGCCGCAGCGCUAUGGAGGCCCUGAAGCAGAAGUCACUCUACAACUGCCGCUGCAAGAGGGGCAUGAAGAAGGAGAAGAACUGCCUGCGAAUCUACUGGAGCAUGUACCAGAGCCUGCAGGGAAAUGACCUGCUUGAAGAUUCCCCGUAUGAACCAGUUAACAGCAGAUUGUCAGAUAUAUUCCGGGUGGUCCCAUUCAUAUCAGUGGAGCACAUUCCCAAAGGGAACAACUGCCUGGACGCAGCCAAGGCCUGCAACCUGGACGACACCUGCAAGAAGUACAGGAGCGCCUACAUCACCCCGUGCACCACCAGCAUGUCCAACGAGGUCUGCAACCGCCGCAAGUGCCACAAGGCCCUGCGGCAGUUCUUUGACAAGGUCCCUGCCAAGCACAGCUAUGGAAUGCUGUUCUGCUCCUGCCGGGACAUCGCCUGCACAGAGCGGAGGCGGCAGACCAUCGUGCCUGUGUGUUCCUAUGAGGAGCGGGAGAAGCCCAACUGCUUGAGUUUGCAGGAUUCCUGCAAGACGAAUUACAUCUGUAGAUCUCGCCUUGCAGACUUUUUUACCAACUGCCAGCCGGAGUCAAGGUCUGUCAGCAGCUGUCUGAAGGAGAACUUCGCCGACUGCCUCCUGGCCUACUCGGGGCUGAUUGGCACAGUCAUGACCCCCAACUACAUAGACUCCAGUAGCCUUAGUGUGGCCCCCUGGUGUGACUGCAGCAACAGCGGGAAUGACCUGGAAGAGUGCUCCAAAUUUCUGAACUUCUUCAAGGACAAUACCUGUCUUAAAAAUGCAAUUCAAGCCUUUGGCAAUGGCUCCGAUGUGACUGUGUGGCAGCCAGCCCUCCCAGUACAGACCACCACUGCCACCACUACCACUGCCUAUCGGGUCAAGAACAAGCCCCUGGGGCCAGCAGGCUCUGAGAACGAAAUCCCCACGCAUGUUUUACCGCCUUGUGCAAAUUUGCAGGCACAGAAGCUGAAAUCCAAUGUUUCGGGAAGUACACAUCUCUGUCUUUCUGAUCGGGAUUACGAAAAGGACGGUCUGGCUGGUCCUUCCAGCCACAUAACCACAAAAUCAAUGGCGGCACCUCCACGCUGCGGUCUGAGCCCACUGCUGGUUCCGGUGGUAACUGCUCUGUCCACCCUAUUAUCUUUAUCUUUGGCAGGAACAUCGUAGCUGCAUUUAAAAAACCAUAUGGACAUGUAAAAAGACAAAAAGCAAGUUAUCUGUUUCCUGUCCUCUUGUAUAUCUGAAAAUCCAGUUUUAGGAGCUCAGUUGAGAAACAGGUUCAUCCAACUGGAACUUUUUUUUUUCUUUUUUUAAAGAAACCUUUUUGUGAUCCUUAGGGGCUUCUCUGGACAGUCUGAUGCAGUCCUGCAUCCCACACUCAAAGGCUUUGGGGCAUGCUGUACUUAAAGGGGACAAUUUGUAAAUUUGGCUGUAAAGCCAACUGGGGCCAUGUUUUGAUGAUGAUGGUGGUGGUGGUUUUAAAAGUUUUCACUCUGGCAUUUGCUAGCUAGAGAGGAAGUUGGUCUUUCUAAGGAUUCUCUCACAUCUCAUGUAAUGGCUUUGAUUUCUAAUGACAAAUGGCAACCUAACAUGGAUGACAAGCUUUUUUUUUUUUCUGUCACAAAGUGAAGGUCAUCAUCCAGAGUGGGCUUUGUGGAAACAAGCUUGUACCGAUGUUCACCUUUCUGUAUGUACUGGCAUUUUCCACACUAACGUUUAUGUGCAUAAUCAGUUCUAUGCUCUCCUAUGAAACAAAACACCUAUUACAUCCAAAUGUAGUAUCUGUCUUUUAGUCAAGAUGGGGGGGGGGAGUGAAUGUGAAAUUUCACGGUUCCUUGGUCAUUGAUUGACACUCUCCUAAGCCUUACCUGAGUGAGAAGCCCUUAAACUAACAAGAGUCAAUAUAGCUGAUGGUCACUCUAAUAUUCUUUACAUUUAUGAGGUUAUAUGUAGAAAAAAAUUUUACUACUCAAUGAUUUCAACUAUGGGCUUUCUAUAUUUUGAGAGUAAUGAUAUUGUCUUCAUUUUUUUACUGAUGGUUUAAUACAAAAUACGUGGAGCUUGCUUUCCUCUCCUGAGUGGUGUAGCUCCGAUAUUAACUUCACAAAUACAGCUCUUCAAAAGCAGACCCUGAGGAGCUCCUGCUUUAGCAGAAUGCUUAGCAUCAUGUGACUGCGGGCGCACAGGAGGACUCAGAGGAGCCAGGCAUUGUCUUUUAUCCUGUGUUGAAAUGCAGGUGUGCAUACAGGCGAGGAAACCGGUGGCCACUCGUAAGUGUUCUGCACUGUCUCAUGGCACCGUUGCCAGUUGACACAACUGGAUGCCUUGGUUUCCAGAGUAUUGGACAAAAGUGGCUUUGACUGGGACAGGGGACAGGAUGUGCUGCCCUGUCUUUCAAUGCUGAUCCAUGCCGGGGUAUGCAGUUGUUUUCCUAAGUCUUUACUCCCGACUGCCUCAGCCCCUGUUUAGAAAGGGGUUAGUUGGGAGUUCAUCCAGAAUCUGCUUGUGUCUUGUUCUACGUCCCCCACGACAGACUGUGGCUGACUGUGCAAAAGCACCAAGGUCUGUGGAUGGAGAGAGGGUCAGUGUCAGAUGCCCUGACGAGGUGCAUUGGUUGGCAGAGACAGGCAGAACAGGGCAGGACUCUCAUGAAAAGGCUCCUGGCUCUGUUAGCUACAGUAGUUCCCAUCCUUAACCGAAGAGACCCUAAAGUGCGCUUUUGAAGCCUGGUUUAUACAGUGAGAUUCAGAAUGUGCAGUGAUCAAGGACCUGUGGCUGUGUCUCCCUCCACAGGGUGCUGGGGAGCACGAACUUUCUUCCCACGCUGGGAGAGGGCCAGAGGAGAAACCCCAAGGUGUACGUCUCAUAUUGAUCCCCUGUGCCUGCUGAGGUUUGCCUAGAAAGAUUUAUCAGAUGACUGGGGGUGGGGGAGAGGAGGAAAUCUACGAAAUCCCAGAGAAAGGCCUAGUCUUUUAGCUCUUUCAGUGUUUGAAGUAAAUUUAUAUCCAAAUGUUAAUAAACACAAAUGUAUAAUGCUCACUACCAAGAUUUUUCACUUCAAAAUGUUUUCAAGGGAAAUGCAUCAAACACCCAACUGUAUUUGAUCAGUAAAAAGUUCCAUAAAGACUCUUACUUUGAAUAAACACUUUAAAUGUGUCAAAACAUUUGGAAUGCCAGUCAUCUAUGAGAACAUAUCUCUUACAGAACAUAUUUUGUUUUGAUUAAGGUAUCUCUGUGUAUCUACACUGGACUGGUGGCAUAUGGGUCUGAUUCUAUGUGAUCCACUGUAGAAAGCUAUUGAUUCCUUCUGCUGCAUGCAGAAGUAAUUAGCUUCAGAUGACCAAAGAGGAAAUGGGCGUUCUCUGUGCUAACAAGGGCAGCCUUCAUUGAAGACUGCCUAGACAUUAACACAUAAAUUAAAUUUUGAAAAGCUCUAUCACUAACGAAGAUCCCAUUUAUUUUUUCAGAGAUAAAAGCAUAUUAGAGUUACCAAAUCCUCCAUUUGAAAAUAAGUUACUGAUUAAAUAAACAGGGGGCAGGAUCUUGCUAGGGAAGUAUUCAAUGAAGGAGAUUCUUACACAAUCAAAGCAAGCAAGCAGUCCUGUCCUGCAGUGUGAUUCCAACUUAACACGGUGACCAUCAUUUACCCAGGACCGAAGCAGGCAAAUGAUUUAAAUCUUUUACCUGUGUGACUUCCCCUUGGGGUGUGUACAAGCAAAAGGGAUUCCUACUUUUGGUUCUACAGUCCCCGCAAUGGGGACAUCACAAACACAGGGGCUGUCUGCUGAGGUCGGGUCUCUUGCUGAAAGCAUCUCCUGGUUGAUAUUGAUGACGCAAGAACAGAAACUUGAGUCCAUGCAGACGGUGACUCUCAGAUCAAGUCUAGCCAUGCCCUACUUAUUUGAGAGAGAGGGAAAAAAGGGCAAUAUUGCCAUUUUGAUUAGAAGCACAUCCAUUCCACUUUGAUGUUGAAUAUCUUUGGUUAAUAUAUGAUUGAGUAUCUUUUUAACAGAGCACAUGGAAGAAGAAGUGCACAAUAUAGAGAGGAAAUUCAGAAUGCCAAUUGAAUAUUUAUUUUUCCAUAUAUGAUUGUUUUCAAGUCUCUAAUAGAAAAAAAAUAGAUGUUGAGAAUUACCUAGGUUGUUUUUCAUUAAGUGUAAUAAAUUGUAUCCAGAUUAUGAUGA